AAGGUUGUUGAUUUGUUUCCUCAGUUUGAGUGCGGUAAUAUUCCAAAGUUAAAGCGUGCUCAAUGUGAAACGGCUCAUUUUUGGAGCAGAUCUGGAACGUCUAUCGCCGUCAAAGAUGACAUCGGUCGGCUCUCGUAGUUGGCCGAGCCCAGUGAACGCCGUGUCCACUUGGCAUUGCAGUGCGCGUCUCGGACACGGCGUUGCGCUCUCUUCUCGCCUCCGCCGAUGUUCAAGCAAGCGCCUGCCACCCCGCCCCGUCCGCCGUCCCUCGUCCCCCCCUCCACUUCCAUCUCCACCUCCACUUGCACUCGCAUCGAUUGACGAGCGAGGACGUCGUUGACCCGCCGCGUCUUCGCUUUCGCCCUUUACCGCCGGCCAGGACGCCGGCGUCGGGCGAGCCAGAAGAGUCUCCGCGACGCUUCGCUCGGCGGCGGGUCGCUCCGGUCGUGCGCCCCGCCUCGCCUCGCCUCGCUCCCCGCCAGAGAAGCGCGUCGCCCCUGGAAGCUGGAUGAAUUAUCGGAGAGUUGUGAACAAGUGCGAGAAGAAAGCUGAGGCUCGAUCGUCACGGGAAGGCAAGACUCAGCCACGGUCUCAGGCGACCAUGGAGGGGACGUCCCUGUGGAUCUCCAUUCUUAUUUUACUCCUGCAAUGUACCCCCUCCAUUCCUGUCACUGUCUCGACCAACAAACAAAAGGUGGAGGUGCGAGAGUUCUCAGACGCUGUGCUGUCCUGCAUGUUUCGUACGGAGAGGGACCAGAAUCCACGCAUCGAGUGGAAGAAGAAGGGCAAAGAUGUUUCUUUCGUUUAUUUUGACGGGCACUUCCGAGGUUCAUUCGAGGGUCGCGCGAGCAUCGAAGGAGCCACCGUGACGUUGCGCCGGGUCACCCAGGAGGACGCCGGCGAGUACCGCUGCGAGAUCAGUGCUCCUCUAGACUCGGUCAAUUUGGGUGAGACCAACGUCACGCUCAGAGUCUUAGUGCCCCCCGACACACCGUCCUGCGAAAUCCCCAGUUCAGCAGUGACCGGCUCUGCUGUGCGGCUGCGCUGUAGCGACCAGCAGAGCGUCCCGCCCGCGACGUACGCAUGGUACAAGGACGACCAGCUGAUGAUCCCCCUGCGCCACGCCAACGCCACCUUUCUCAUCGACUCGCACACUGGAGUACUGGAGUUCAAAGCCGUGGCUAAAAAGGACAGCGGUCACUACAGCUGCCGGGCUUCCAACGGGGUGGGAAAGCCCACCGUGUGUCAGGGCAGGCACAUGACCAUAGAGGAUGUCAACAUAACCGCCGUGGUGGUGGCAGUACUGGUGAUCUCCCUGCUGUUGCUGGUCUGCGGAUGCGGGGGUUUCCUGAUGCGCCGCAACGGCUUCUUCACCCGACACAGAGGAAGGUCCAAUGUCAACUAUAUCCCGCCGCCACAGGAACCACAGGAUUUCAAACACACGCAGUCGUUCAUGCUGUGAAGCCUUCCUUCUUCCUGAGCAGACAUCAAUCGGUGCCAAAAGUCCCUUCCGGAUCUUCCAAUGAUUUUUGGAGUUGACCACUUUAAUGGACAUUUGCAAGGCUUUCCACAGUUGAUUUGUGUGAGUCGUCGCUUCUGCUUAGCUCAUUGGCUGCCAUUGACGGCUAUAGACGUCCAAUCCAUUUGAGGUGGGUUAGGUUUGGGUUUAGGUUAGGGUGGUAAUUGGUUAAGGUUAGGAUUUAGGGCUGCAGUUCAAAUGGAACGCAGUUGAAAGAUGUGACGAUUCGACGAAUUGGCAACUCGUGUUAUUAGAGGAAGUUGAUGAACCAUUCAGAGAUCAUAUUUUUUUUUUGCCUGAAUAAAAUAAAAUAAAUUAUAAAUAUGGCCAAAAAUCAGUUAGGUAAAUAUUCUUUUUAUUUAUUAUUAUUAUUGUUAUUACAAGUUUUUCAAAUUAAAUUUAUGGAAAAACACGACCAUGUAUUCAAUUUUUAAAAAACGUUUUAAUUUCAUUUGUUUUGAUAAUAUUGGCUAAAACAAAUAUUUUAAGGUGGCAAUUUGCAAUCUUUUAUUUAUUAAACAAUAUUGAUUAAAAUUGUUAGUAAGUAUGAAUUUUUUUGUUUUUGUUUUCGGAAAAAUCAGGCAGAACAAGGUAGAAUAGUUCUAUAAUGCGUCAAAAUAUUCAAAUUAUUAUUUAAAAUACAUAUAUAUUAGAAAAUAAAUUAUGAACUUCAGGUUUUUGUCCAAAUUCAUUUUUUCCGCAAUAAUAUUUUCUGUAAAAUUAAUCACCUUCUGAAAAUAAUUGCUUUAGUCAUUUUUGCAUAAAUGAAAUAAAAUAAAAUAAUAAAUCAAUAUAAGUCUAAAUAUGGCCAAAAAUCACUUAGGUAACUAGUGUCAAUUUUUAAUUAUCAUUAUUAUUAUUAUUAUUACAAGAUUUUAAAAUAAAAUUCAUGGAAAAACACUAUGUAUUCAAUUUUUUAAAAAACGUUAUAAUUUAAUUUGUUUUGAUGAUAUUCACUAAAUCAAAUAUUUUAAGGUGGCAAUUUGCAAUUUCAUUUUAAAUAGAAUUUUUUUAAUAUGAAGAAUUUUAAUCAAUUUUUUUGUGUGUGUGUGUGUUUUCUGAAAAGUCAGGCAAAACAGUCAAUUAUAUAAUGCGUCAAAAUAUUGAAAUUAUUAUUUAAAAUAGGUAUAUAUUAAUCAAUUAUGAACUUCAUGUUUUUGUCCAAAUCCUUUUUUUUCCGCAUAAAUAUUUUCUGUAAAAUUAAUCGUCACCUUCUUAAAAUAAUUGCCUUAGUCACAUCUUUAAAAAAAUUAUUAGUAAAUAUUAAAUAAAUUAUAUAAAUAUAAAUGUAUAUAAAAAAAAUUUUUCCCUCCAAACUGUUUACAUUUAAAAAUAAAAAAUGUAAAUAUCCAUUGAUUUUUAUACCCUCGCAUUUCAAAAACAUUGGACGUCCAUCGCCGUAAAUGGCACUGUAACACCACCCUUCCCAGUACAACCAAAUUGGACGUCAAUCCCCGUCAAUGUCAUCCAAGAGUUCAUCUCUUGCUUUACAAUAAAUUUACUCUACUUUAAUGACGCUCUGCUACCCCCUGGUGGCCAAUGUUAGAACUGGACUCCCCCCAAAAUUUCCUUUCUACCUGACUUCUGUUUUGGUUGACCAAAGACUGCCUCCAUGAACUCCUUCAUUGCUAUUGACGAUGAUAGACGUCCAAUCAUGUGGCGUCCAAUCAUUUAGCUGUGGAUUGAAAUGAGUUUAAUGCUCGUCGGCGUCAAUGAGUUAAGCUGAAAGAAACAAAACAAACAAAAAAAGCCGUUUAUCACUGUUUUCCAUUCAUUUCUGAUGACCAAUCAAUCCCAUUCCAUCCUAAUGUGCCUGCAUGGUCUUUUUUAAUAUAUACAAUAUAUUCCUUGUGCCUUUUUGAUUUGUCAUAUUUAUCACUGGUUUUUGUAAAAGAAAAAAAAAAAAAAAGGAAAAGUUGCCUUACUUUUUUUCUGUCUUGAUAUUUUUGGUGCCACUGUUAAUCGAAAAGUGUGUCUGUUUUUUGACCGUGUGAAUGGAGAGUUUAAUUUGAAUGUUGUAUCAGUAAUAAAAUUUUAUAUUUAAAACCAUCAUGAGUUGAUAGUUUUAUUCAUUCUCGAUACAAAUAUUUCUGGAUUUUUCUUUUACAUAUGUACAUUACGUUCUUUACGUACUAUUACGAGAAUAAAGUCGCAGUAUUGCGAGGAAAAAACAUAUUACCGGAUUACAAGAUUAAAGUAAUACUAUGUAAUUGACAUUAAUUCAGCACGGCUAAAUGGCAAUGUUAUAAUUUUGGUAAUUUUUCGUACUUAAUACUGUAUGAGACUGCGCGCUGCACUACACAAAGUAUAUGAAGUGAAUCCAUUUCCAUGUAAAUGCACGAAUCUGUUCCAAGCCCCCCAAAAUUAAGACAUUAAACUAUAAUAAUGCAUAAAAAUGCAUGAGAACAUGUAACAAAUGCAUGUUACAAUACGAUUAUUGAACAAUAAACCUAAAAUCAGAGUUGUGCAUUAUGUAAAAACCAAGAAUAAAGAAUUAAUACACUCAUGUAAAGCUGUCAGAACACACGGGGCGAAUGAAGAGGACGCUGGGAUACACAAACUUACAGAAGAGGUCUCCUCUUACCCAAUUGGA